AUGUCAGUGAGACUCAAUGGUGAGUCCUUCGACCGAGCCCUGCAUCAGUUCGGCCGCGAAGCGUUUUGUGCUCCGUCGCCAGCUCUGUACAGCGCUUGCGCGCUGCAGCAGCUCGUCUACAAACGUUGCUUUAGCACAGAGAGGAAAGAGGACUCCAUCAUGAAGAAGGGACGUGCAGCCAAGCAAUGCAAGAUGAGGAUGGCCCAAGGUUGCCAAGUGGCCACGCUGUUGAACUGUGCUGACAACAGCGGUGCCAAGAAUCUGUACAUCAUUGCCGUCAUUGGAAUCGGUGGUCGCUUGAACAAGCUGCCGAACUGCUCUCCGGGUGAUCUGGUGCUGUGCAGUGUCAAGAAAGGCAAGCCCGAGCUUCGUAAGAAGGUGCUCAAAGGCGUCGUCAUCCGUCAGAAGAAGGCCUGGAGACGUCGUGAAGGUGUUUACGUCUAUUUCGAGGACAACGCCGGUGUCAUUGUGAAUGACAAGGGUGAGAUGAAGGGCUCUGCUAUCCAGGGCCCUGUGGCCAAGGAGUGCGCAGAGCUCUGGCCUAAGAUCGCCUCGUGCGCGCCCGCCAUCUGCUGA